AUGGGCCAGAACAACCACACCACCGUGAGGGAAUUUGUCUUCCUGGAACUCACUCACUUCCAGGAACUGGAGCUUUUCCUGUUUGUCAUCUUCCUAGCUGUAUACAUCACAACCGUGCUGGGCAAUGCCCUCAUCGUGGUGACCAUCACCUGGGAGUCUCACCCCCACACCCCCAUGUACUUUCUCCUGCGGAACAAAUCAAUCCUGGACAUCGUCUUUUCAUCCGUCACGGUUCCCAAGUUCCUGGUGGAUCUCUUAUCAGAGAGGAAAGCCAUCUCCUACAAUGGCUGCAUGGCACAGAUCUUUUUCUUCCACUUUGCUGGAGGGGCGGAUAUUUUUUUCCUCUCUGUGAUGGCCUGGGACAGAUAUCUCGCAAUCUCCAAACCCCUGCAUCACUCGGCGGCGCUGCGCCGCCCUCCUCGCGGCCUCCUGGGCGGGGGGCUUCGUCCACUCCGUCGUGCAGAUCUCCCUCCUCCUCCCCCUCCCCUUCUGCGGACCCAACGUCCUGGACGGUUUCUACUGCGCCGGCCCCCAGGUCCUCACACUCGCCUGCGCUGGCUCCUGAUGAUUUCCAGCAGCGGCCUGCUCGCCACCCUGUGGUUCGUCUUCCUGCUUGUAUCCUGCGCGGUCACCCUGACCAUGCUGAGGUCGCACUCCGGGGAGGGCCGGGGGAAAGCCGUCUCCACCUGCACCGCCCACAUCACGGUGGUCAGCCUCCACUCUGUGCCCUGCAUCUACGCCUACGCCCGGCCCUUCUCCGCCCUCCCCACCGACAGAGCUGUCUCCAUCACCUUCACUGUCAUCAUUCCUGUCCUGAACCCGCUGAUCUACACCCUGGGGAACCAGGAGAUGAAGGCGGCCAUGCGGAGGCUGAGGGGAAGAUUCAUGCUGUUUGAAAAGGAAUAG